CUUCUUGAACUCAAGUCUAGAAUGGUCUCUAAAGAAGCCACUUUUCAAGAGCUGAAGGCUGACGUGGAAAGCUACAAGGAAAACAAUGCUAGACAGAUGUCUCGCCUCCUGUCUUUGCAAACUCGAGUUCAGGAGAUGGAGGAAGAGGCGUGUGUGCUCAUCACUUCUAAAAACCAGGCUGAGCUGACAGCUCAGGCAGCAUUCAAGGAAAACCAGGAGUUGAAGGAGGAGCUUCAUGAGCAAAAGGCCAAACUGAAUAAAUAUUUGAAUGAGUGUGAAGAAAGCAUGACUCAAGCUUCUGAAAUCAGCAGAAAAUAUGGAGAGCUCCUUACACAGCUUUCUGGAUCCUUAGACACAGACAUCAGAGAAAAAGAGAAACCACAGGAACAUUUAAUGUCAAAGGUCUCUGAAAUAUGCAAAGAAAAUCUGACACUAAAAGACGAAGUUGCUGCUCUUCAACAAGCUGUCAAUGUCCAUGAGAUGGAGUCCAAAGCCAGUAGAGAAACUAUCAUGAGACUUGUUUCAGAAGUGACCAAAGAGCAGAAGAAGGCAGCAGGAUACUAUCAAGACAUGGAAAAACUUAGUAAGAAUCUUGACAGUGCUAUAAUAGGGAGAGAGAGUUUGGAGAUGGAGAUCAGAAACCUCCAAGAUAAACUGACUGCUAACCAGAAAGCUUUGGAUGCCUCAAAGUGGGAACUGCACAGUCUGAAGAAAUCUUCCAGUGAGCUGGAUGGAAGCUUGAAGAGCAGCAGAGAAGAGGCCAGGACUGCUCAGAGCUCUUUAAUGGCUUUUAAAGAGCAAAUAGCUACCCUACUCAGUGAUGGAUCUGCAACAGUUAAACCUUCUGAGAAGGCUAUUUUGAAGAAGAUCCAAGAAAUAAACUGCAAAGAGGAGAGUAAAGAAAUAAUGGUGUCUCAACUUGAAACCCAAAUAGCUAGAUUGACUGAAGCUUUGGAAAAUCAGACCAGAUUGUACCAAGAAGCUCUGAAGAGGAGCAGGAAAGCAGAAAAAUGUUCUGAGACUUUCCAGGAUCAGCUGAAAUACUUGGAAGAGGAAUUACUGUCUGUAGAUCUGAUCCAAGAUGGUUUGAAGCUUGAGAAACAAAAAUAUCUGAAAUUUCUGGAGCAACUUAAUGAGAAAAUGAAGCUGGAUAUCCUAGCAGCAGAGGUUGGAUUUGAUAUGAAUGCAGAUGCAAUUCUAGCCCGGGUAGAGCAGUUAGUGAAACUGGAAGGUGAGGCAGUGAUUGAAAACAAGACCAUGGCAUAUAACCUAAGAAGGAAG